AUGGAAAGUCGUGACGUCAUAGGCCCGUCUGACUUUCUUGGACGAACCGAGGAAAUCAACGAAGGCUCCGACAGUUUCGCGAUAAGUACGGCGAUGGUAGAACCGCUUACUGAACCGACAGCUGUUACAACAACGAAACCAGAUUUACGAACGGAGGAACCACUCUUGCUCACGACGCGAGCUGACAAAAACACUACCGCCAUUCCGACAGCAAUUGUUCCGUCAAGUCACGAACACUCGCAGCCGCUCCCUGAAGAGGCGGUUGCUGCUGAUCCGUUCAGUAUGGACGAGGAGCCCUCGACAGAACAGACACCAGGAAUGCCCGUGAUCGUUCCAGUAGUGCCUGUCAUUCCGUCCACUAAUGAUAGCAUUGUCACACUGCUUGAGCCACACAACGACUCAAUGUCGACGACGGAGGCACCUGAAGAAACGGACGUAACGACAAUGUUUGGCCCACAUGUGCCUGUCGUUCAGACACUUGAAGGGCGAGUACUGAAGGAGAAAGAAGAGGUAGGAAUGGCUUCUACUUUCGAAUAG